AUGGCCGGUUCGUGCUUCAACUUGCUGCCGGUUGCGCAGACAGGGGCAAAAGACGAGGACGGAGUCGUCAAUAACUCGAAGACACACUACAAGUUUCGCUUUGAUGGCAUCCUACCGAUGAAGAUCUCUCAGGACGAGGUCUUCAACCAGGUGGCAAAGCCAGUGAUCGAAGAUGUGCUGCAAGGAAUUAAUGGCACCAUUUUCGCGUACGGUCAGACGGGCAGCGGGAAAACCUUCACCAUCACCGGAGGAUCCGAGAGGUACGAAGACCGUGGCCUGAUCCCUCGCACCAUCUCCUACCUUUUCGAGGAGUUCAAGAGUCGGCGAGAUGCAACUUACCGCAUGUUCAUCUCCUACCUAGAGAUCUACAACAACGAUGGCUGCGGCCUUUGCUUUGGAUUGCCAUUUAGCCGGGCUUCGGCUGGCUUAUGGCGCGCAGAGUUUCGGGUCAAGUGA